AUGGCGGGGUGUCACGGCUCCAUGAUGGAGGGCUUCCUCACCACACUGCCGCCCUUCAGCCAGUUCAUGACCCCUGGGAGCUCUGCAGGGCCACCCUGUCCCUGGGAGGCCCCGGAGCUCUGCCCGGUCCGCUGCUGCGGUGGGCCAACACCCAGGAGUGCGGGGUGCAGGCUGCUGGGCCUCGAAGCUCGCCCAAAUCCCGGGUCCGGAGCUCGGGACCGCCCGGAAGUGGCACACGACCGGUCAGACUGGGAACGAGCGGCGUGCCACAGCAGCGAGGACACGGGGAAGAACUUGCAGACAAGUUUAAGACAUUCCUCAAAGGGAGCCAUUUCCCAGUUCCUGGAGCAGAGGUACGGCUUUUUACACUGCAAGACGUGCAACAUCCUGUGGGAGAGUGCUUAUGUGUGGUGCAGCUCUGGAACCUGUAAGGUUUACUACAAGCAGCUCUGCAGAAGGUGUCAGACGGGGUUGAACCCCUACAGAGUGGAGCCCAUCAUCUGCAAGGCCUGCAGUCUGACUUCCUGCAGCUGUGUAGGGAAGCACAGACACAUCAACAUGAACAGACCUCACCGUCCGGGACUGUGCUCUCGCUGCAAGGGCAUGAGGCUGUCCUGCGACUCCACCCACAGCUUCAAGUACACCUUCUGA